GACGCAGCUAUUCUACGUCACUCUGCCUGUACUACAUUUCCCAUGAGCCACUUCUCGGCUGGAAGUACACCAGACAAUAUGGCAGGAAUCGGCGCUUUCCUGAAGAAUGCGUGGAAUAAGGAGCCUGUAAUCGUUGUCUCCUGCGGUAUGGGGUUGUUGGGUGCAUUGAUUCCAUUCAUCAGCCCCUACACAAAGUAUACAUCAAAGAUGAACAAAAUUGUGCCAUACAACUACCCAGUUCCUGUGCGAGAUGAUGGAAAUAUGCCCGAUGUUCCUGCACAUCCAACCGAGCCAAAAGGAAGGAACUUGGAUUGGUUUAAAAAUCUAUAACUUCCCAUGGUCACAGUCGACGCCUGUGUUUCCCCUCUUGUUCAUGUCUGUCAGUUGCUCCGAUGUCAGUGUCUCACAAUAAAGGUUCUAUUUAAAUCUA